GCAGCAGAGGGGGUUUCCAGUGAUCAGAGCUGCUGGAUCUCUCAGGCUGAGGAGCAGCGACUGAACCCGGACAAACAGAACCAGGACCCGGACAGCAGAACCAGGACCCGGACAGCAGAACCAGGACCAUGAGGAGCCCGCCCCCGGCCCGGAGGCUCCGCGGCGGGGAGACGGUCUGAAUCCCGGGGACAGAGAGCCGAGCGGAGGAGCUUCAUGUCAUGUCGGGGGGGCGGGAGGUGCAGCUUCCCCUCCAGCAGGUGGCGCCCUCCCUGACCACGCCCCUCUCUGUGGUCCCGCCCCCUAACCGGCAGGCCAAUCCCUGGCCUCCGAGCGACCCCGCCUCCUCUCAAGGUUCUCCUGCAGGGUUCCUCCCGCUCCACGGGGGGUUCAGGGACCACUUUGUGGAACCGCCAGAACCCAAAUACUGCUGCGAGGCGUGCAGGCUGGUUCUGUGCCAGCCGAGGCAGACAGAGUGCGGACAUCGGUUCUGCCAGAGCUGCAUCAGUGACCUCCUGAGUCACCCUAACCCAUCAUGUCCAGCAGACAGAGAGCCGCUGUACAAAGACAAGAUCUUCAGAGACGUUUGCUGCCAUCGGGAGAUCAUGGCGCUGAAGGUGUUCUGUCGCAGUGAAGCCAGCGGCUGCCCGGAGCAGCUGAGCCUGCAGCACAUCCCUGAGCACCUGACGGUGUGUCUGUUCUUCGAGGUUCCCUGUCCUCUGGGCCAGUGUAAGGAGAGGAUGAUGAGGAAGGAGAUCCCCGACCACCUGAGCUGGAAGUGUAAACACAGAGAGACCAGCUGUGAGUUCUGCAGCAGCAAGAUGCCUCUGACGGAGCUGCAGAAACACAAGGAGACGGUGUGUCCGGCGUUCCUGGUUCCGUGUCCGAACCUCUGCUCGUUAUCCGCCCUGCCCCGCAGCGAGCUGUCCAGUCACCAGCACGACUGUCCCAAAGCUCAGGUCAGCUGUCAGUUCCUGCGUUACGGCUGCAGCUUCAAGGGUUUGAACCAGGACCUGAGGCAGCACGAGUCCAGCUCUGCAGCCGAACACCUGAGGAUGAUGGCCAGCAGGAACUCGGCGUUAGAGAACAAGGUGGAGGACAUUAAAGGGGAUCUGCUGGAGAGGUACAAGGUGCUUCCUGCUCUCAGCAGUCGGCUGUCGGAGCUGGAGAACCAGCAGGACGAGCUGCGAGAGAAGAACCGGCAGAUGGAGCAGAAGCUGGCCACCAUGCAGAAACUGAUGAGUUCUCACUCAGAGAAGCUUCUGGAGGUGGAGCUGGAGCUGCGUUCUUUUCGGGUUCUCAGAGAGGAAGUGGAGAACAUCAGAGGAACCCUGGAGAACGUCCGGACGAGACUGAACGCUCUAGAACAAGGAGGACGCAGCGGGACUGGAUCCACAACACACACUCUGGCGUCCCUGGAGACACAGCUGAAUCGCCAUGACGACAUGCUGAGCGUUCACGACGUCCGGUUGGCUGACAUGGAUCUCCGGUUCCAGGUUCUGGAGACGGCCAGUUAUAACGGGACUCUGAUCUGGAAGAUCCGCGACUACAAGAGACGGAAACAGGAAGCGGUGGCAGCGAAGACGCUGUCUCUGUACUCGCAGCCAUUCUACACCGGGUACUUCGGGUACAAGAUGUGCGCCCGAGUGUACCUGAACGGGGACGGCAUGGGGAAGGGGACGCACCUGUCGCUGUUCUUUGUGGUGAUGAGGGGCGAGUACGACGCUCUGCUGCCCUGGCCCUUCAAGCAGAAGGUGACCCUGAUGCUGAUGGACCAGGGUCCAGCCAGGAAGCACCUGGGCGAUGCCUUUAAGCCGGACCCCAACAGCAGCAGCUUCAGGCGUCCGACAGCAGAGAUGAACAUUGCGUCCGGAUGUCCUCUGUUUGUGUCUCAGAGCGUCCUGGAGACAGGCAGCUACAUCAAAGACGACACCAUCUUCAUCAAGGUUACCGUGGAUACCUCUGACCUCCCUGACCCGUGACCAUGUGACCUUGCUGGUCUGAGAUCAGCUGACCUGUUCACCCAGUAGAGCAAAGGAUCAUGGGAAGGAUCAAAGCUGAUGGAGCAGGCUCGUCGCCGACAGAAGGGAAGAAGAAGAGCCGGACAGGAAGCAGCCAAUCAGGGAGGACUUUACAGAGACCAGAAGGCGGGUCUUAUUCUGAUUGGCUGAUGGACUACAGGUCUUAUUCUGAUUGGCUGAUGGACUACAGAAGUGUGUGUGUGUGUCUGUGUGUGUGUGUGUGUGUGUGUGAAUGGAUCAGUGUUGCUAUGACAUCACCAUGGUGAUAUCACCAGAGCCAACAUGGCCGCCGGACGUUGUUGCUGCUCGUUACUGAUGCCGUGCAUCAAGCUUUACUUCCUGUUUAUUACCUGUUUACCAAGGCAUGCUGGGAAAUCCUCUGCAGCCACAGAGGAGCUCUGAAAACCAGAAGAGAAACUUUUCCAUUACAAGAUACCAGUGAAGAUGAUGAGGCUCUUCCUGUUCACUGGCAGGAAACCAGCUCUCUGUUGGUGUUGUGAACACCCACCAGCUCCCAGUAUGAGCUCCCAGUAUGAGCUCCCAGUAUGAUAGUAUGAGGUCCCAGUAUGAGCUCCCAGUAUGAUAGUAUGAGGUCCCAGUAUGAGCUCCCAGUAUGAGCUCCCAGUAUGAUAGUAUGAGGUCCCAGUAUGAGCUCCCAGUAUGAUAGUAUGAGGUCCCAGUAUGAUAGUAUGAGGUCCCAGUAUGAGGUCCCAGUAUGAUAGUAUGAGGUCCCAGUAUGAGGUCCCAGUAUGAGGACCCAGUAUGAUAGUAUGAGGUCCCAGUAUGAUAGUAUGAGGUCCCAGUAUGAUAGUAUGAGCUCCCAGUAUGAGGUCCCAGUAUGAGGUCCCAGUACGAGGUCCCAGUAUGAUAGUAUGAGGUCCCAGUAUGAUAGUAUGAGCUCCCAGUAUGAGGUCCCAUUAUGAGGUCCCAGUACGAGGUCCCAGUAUGAUAGUAUGAGGUCCCAGUAUGAUAGUAUGAUAUGAGGUCCCAGUAUGAUAGUAUGAGGUCCCAGUAUGAGGUCCCAGUAUGAGGUCCCAGUAUGAGCUCCCAGUAUGAGCUCCCAGUAUGAUUCCCAGUAUGAGGUCCCAGUAUGAUAGUAUGAGGUCCCAGUAUGAUUCCCAGUAUGAGGUCCCAGUAUGAUUCCCAGUAUGAGGUCCCAGUAUGAGGUCCCAGUAUGAUUCCCAGUAUGAGGUCCUAGUAUGAUAGUAUGAGGUCCCAGUAUGAUAGUAUGAGGUCCCAGUAUGAUAGUAUGAGGGCCCAGUAUGAGGUCCCAGUAUGAUAGUGUGAGGUCCCAGUAUGAUAGUAUGAGGUCCCAGUAUGAUUCCCAGUAUGAGGUCCCAGUAUGAUAGUAUGAUGUCCCAGUAUGAUUUCCAGUAUGAGGUCCCAGUAUGAUAGUAUGAGGUCCCAGUAUGAGGUCCCAGUAUGAUUCCCAGUAUGAGGUCCUAGUAUGAUAGUAUGAGGUCCCAGUAUGAUUCCCAGUAUGAGGUCCCAGUAUGAUUCCCAGUAUGAGGUCCUAGUAUGAUAGUAUGAGGUCCCAGUAUGAUUCCCAGUAUGAUUCCCAGUAUGAUAGUAUGAGGUCCCAGUAUGAUUCCCAGUAUGAGGUCCCAGUAUGAUUCCCAGUAUGAGGUCCCAGUAUGAGGUCCCAGUAUGAGGUCCCAGUAUGAUUCCCAGUAUGAGGUCCCAGUAUGAUUCCCAGUAUGAGGUCCCAGUAUGAUUCCCAGUAUGAGGUCCCAGUAUGAGCUCCUCUGUGGCUCAGGCUCCUUCUGGUUAUUUCAUUCUUUGCACAGUUUAAAUGUUUAAGUGUGAAAUUAAAAUUGUAAACAAAACAAAUCUGUUUUAUUUAGAAAAUC